UCACUUACAUUUACAACUCUCUCCCUAUUUAUCCAGCUAUAAUCAAUAUAACCACUACUGCGAUGGCGGACAAGGAGAAGCACCACCACCACCAUCUCUUCCACCACCACAAGGAGGAAGAGAAUCCGGCAGAGGCCACAUCGGAAACCGUUGUCUACUCUGAAGGACAUAAGGAACAUGAACAUGAUUAUGGGAGAGACGAGAAGCAUCACAAGCAUCUUGAGCACCUUAGUGAGAUGGCUGGUCUUGCUGCCGGAGCUUAUGCCCUGCACGAAAAGCACGAGGCUAAGAAGGACCCUGAACAUGCUCACAGGCAUAAGAUUGAAGAGAAGAUUGCGGGGACGGUGGCAGCUGGAGCCGGUGGAUUUGCACUCCAUGAGCAUCACGAGAAGAAAGAAGCCAAGGAAGAAGAGAAGGCUCAUCAUGAAAAGAAGCACCAUUUCUUCGGCUAAUCUAUAUGCAUUAAUUAAUUAUUUAUUACCCAUAUAUAUAUAUAUAUAUAUUUCAAGCUUCAACUUCUGUAUCGUCUGUCACCCUAAAUAAACUCUACAUGCGUGUGUGAUCAUGCUAGAGUGACAUAUUCUGAAUUUCUGUUUGUUGUAAACCACUUUUGAUUUGCUUCUCAUUCGCUGCUACUAUGUGAAUAAUAAUUAUUACAAUAAAUAAUUUAUUCUAUCUUA